ACUCCGGAAGCCAAAGCCCCUUCUUUUUCUCUCAUGUGAACCAGAAAAAGAACGCGGCAGAAACCGGUCUCUCUCUCUCUCUCUCUCUCUCUCUCUCUAACUCUCUCUCUCUCUCCCCCCUACUUUUCUUUUUCCUUUUGUUUAUUUAUUUCCUCUGCAACACGGAAAAGCUUGGUGCGCUUCAAUAACUACAGAUUUCCUCUCUCUUUUUUUGUUGGUACGUAAAAGAUUUCCUCUCUCUCUCUCUCUGUCUCCUCUCUCCCCGAACCCACGACGCCAAAUCACUCUCCGCUUUUUCACAAUUCACACACACUUCAUUCUUCAAGCUCCAGCUUCAGUUCCAUCAAACCCUCUCUGUCCUUGGCAACAUCUCAAUUGAUCAGUUCCCUCAAAGCAGAUUAGGUUUCUUUGUUAUACACCUAUAUAUAGGUAUCCGUAUACGCAUAGGUCGACGGGGUCGUGAGAUGAUAGUUUUAUAGUAUUACAAGUAAUUUUUACUACAUUUAUUUGGGGGAAAAAUGUCAGAACCCUCGGAAAUUCGUCUAGUUCGUUGCCCCAAAUGCGAAAACCUUCUUCCAGAGCUCAAGGAUUACUCCGUUUAUCGGUGUGGUGGUUGCGGUACUCUUCUUCGAGGUAAUACUGAAAUUUUAGAGGUUGAAACUUUGUCACAUGAGUCUGAUGAAGAAAGGGUUAAAGGGGGUUCUGAUAAAUUUCCCGAGAAAUUAAAAAAUUACAGUUUUCCCGAGGGAAUGGAUCAGAGUGAUGGGUCUGAGAAUCAUAUUAAAUCCAAUAGUAGUCAUUCUGGAACAUCUGAUAAAAGGGUGCUUUUUUGUAGUACGGCAGACAACCAUAGGAAUGGUUCUUCCACCAAAAUUUAUGAACCGGGUGUUGGGGGGGUUGAUAAUCUUGAGGAAGACUUGAAUUUAUAUGAAUCAAAUCGUGUAGAAACGGGAAAACAGUUUGAGGAGUUGAAACCCCCAUAUGGGAUUUCAAAUGGGUCUCAAAACUCAGCUGGGGUGGCUGAGUGGAGGAGUGCCGAGGAAGGUGAGAUUGAGGGGUUUCGGAGAAACCCAACAAGGGAUUUCCAUGGUGUGAGAUGUUCAACUCCCAUGUAUUCAGAAGAUAGUCCGUCGAAUUAUAAUUUGAGGUCUAGUUAUGGCAAUGGAGAAGCAAUGAAGAAUAAUCAGGACAGAUCAGAUGAGUUUUGUAAGGUUGGGUAUCUUGAUCAAGACAGAGCUGAGCUUCUGAGGAAGUUAGAUGAGCUAAAAGAUCAACUUAGUCGGACUUGUAAUGUGAAGGAUAAACCUAAAGAAAAGUUUCCCCUUGAUCGGAGAUGGGUACAUAAUGAAGAACCUUAUGGUGGUUUUGAGUCUCAACGUCCUGAUGGCUCAUGGGGAUCAAAUGGAAGACUGCAACAUGGAAGGCAUUAUCCCGAGCCAUCACCAUAUAUGAAUAGACAAGAAAUGGAAAUGCAUAACCUUCAUCCUUCAAUGCAUACUCCAAUUCAAGUCCAAAGAUUUGGGGGUCCUUUAAGGUCCCAAGGUCAUAGAAGAGGUCCACACCAAGCACCCGGUGCCCUCCAACAACCAUCAUCUCAUCCCUACUUUCCUGGACAGUAUACAGAUACAGAUGUGGAUCCAUUUGAACCAUACCCACCAAUUACGAACUUUCACCAUCCCUCUUGCUCUUGUUUUCAUUGCUAUAGCCAACAAGAAGUUCCAGCUCCAGUCGCACCUGCCGCUUUCCACAAUAGGAUUUUUCCCAAUGCCCAAAACAAUCUUAUGUUCUACCAUCAUGAAACCCCAAAUGCAUUUGGUCCUCGGGAUUGUAAUCAUAAGAUUGGACAUCCUCCUCCAUUGAACUCCAAUAACCUCCAAUCCCUCGCAAGAUGGCCUAGCGAUCAUAAUUCGGAAGCUGCUGGUUUUGUUCAUCGCCGCCCUCCUAGGGUGGUGCUAGCCACCCAUGGACGGCGUUGCCGCCCCAUAGCUGGUGGAGCUCCGUUUGUUACAUGCUACAAUUGUCUCGAAUUGCUUCAACUGCCUAAACAUUUUUUGCUAAUGGAUAUAAAUCAAAAGAAAGUGCGAUGUGGUGGAUGCUCUACAGUCAUCCUUUUCGCAAUUAUCGACAAGAAACUUGUUUCCAUUUGUACGGAGUCAGAAAGAACUCCCAAGUUAGUUGAUGAUGGUCCUAAAGCUACAGUAAUUGGUGGUACUUUGCAUUCUCGUGUUCAUGCAAACCUGGCUAGAACAACAUUUUCCUCUGAUGAUUAUGAUGACUCAGGUUAUGAUUUUGAGGCGAUGGAUAGAGAAGUCAUUUCUUCCUCAACGGGGAAGGGUUUUUCAUCAAACAAGUCUGGAGAGAUGGGACGCAUUCACUCCACAUCUCCCUAUUCUUCUGAGGAUGAAGGUAAAAUUGACACUAUGUCUGCCAAAGUAGAGGAGUCCAACUGUGUUGAGCCGGUAGCCGAAUCCAAUCUCUCCCCACCGGCUGCUGGUUCACCCCUUAAAUAUCAUCUUGACUAUUCUGAUAGAUUCCGUUUGGUGAAACGAUUUGGAAAGGGAAGCCAAAGUGGGCGUUCAGAGAGGGAGAAGGUGGAGGAUCCAAAGAAGGUUACCUCGCUGCAAAAUUCAAUGGAAGAAAUAUCGUUGGCAACUGAGAUGGACGUUUCAUUGAAUGAGUACUCAAAUACUGGGACAUCUCAAGAAUCAGGGGACAUAAGCAGAGAAGAUCAACUGAGAGCAAAUAAAGGCAAUCAGUCAUUCUUUGAAGGCAUUAGUAAGGAGAGCUUUAAAGACUCUUCUCAAUCCAAUCUAACCAUUGAGCAAAGCUCAACACAUGUCACAAUCAAUGGGAAUCUUAUGUCAGAUCGUUUGUUAAAGAAGGCUGAAAAGCUUUCUGGACCAAUCCAUCCUGGACAUUACUGGUAUGAUUCCCGAGCUGGUUUCUGGGGUGUGAUGGGUGGGCCCUGCCUUGGCAUAAUUCCUCCAUUUAUUGAAGAAUUUGAUUAUCCAAUGCCAGAGAAUUGUGGUGGUGGAAAUACUGGGGUGUUUGUGAAUGGAAGAGAGCUUCAUCAGAAAGAUUUAAACCUGCUUAGCACGAGAGGGCUCCCAACUACUAGAGAUAGGUCUUACAUUGUCGAGAUUUCUGGAAGAGUGUUGGAUGGGGAUUCUGGUGAAGAGCUGGAUAGACUUGGCAAACUUGCUCCGACAAUUGAGAAGGUAAAGCAUGGAUUUGGCAUGAAAGUUCCCAGAGUAGCUGCAUAAGCAGACUGUUCUAGGGGCUACACUCCCCACAGUUGCUUCUGGAAUGUGAAUAAUCUUGAAGGUUUGCUAUCUCAGAGUUGCAAAAAAUACCCUCAGUACAGUUUACGUCGCAUUGUUAGAAAUGAAUGGGAACGGGAUGAUUGGAUAUGUCACUGAUGUCUUGAUUCUUGGUUUGUCGAAAUGCCCCUUUUAAGUGUUCUGCUUUGGAUUUUGGAUUUGUAUGUCUAUAACAUGAAAUUUUCCUAAUUGUGAUAUAUGUUUUGCUGAAUGCUUACAUGGAUUCCUCUCAGGAAAGAAAGUUUUCUUUUGGCA